AUGGCGGCUGUCAAUGAGCGGUUUUUACUACAAUCAUUUUUAUUUCUUAUACUGGCACGAAAACGAAUAAAUAGAAGAAAGAAACAUAAAUUCUGGGUGCGAGAGAUAUUAAGGGAGAGAGAGCAGUGUGGUUUCUACUAUACACUCGUCCGCGAGCUUCGCCUUCAUGAUCGAGAAUAUUUUUAUCCGUUACCGUUAUUUUUUUCUCGUUUUGUCAAAAUGUCCCCAGAAAGACUGGAACACUUGCUUUCCUUAGUUGCACCAUUUAUAACAAAAAAACCUUGUCGAUCAAGAAAACCAAUAUCUGCCGAAGAACGUCUCAUACUAACACUACGUUACGUUGCAAGUGGGGACUCCCAUCAGUCCCAGUCAUUUUCAUUUCGCGUUGGUCGCACUACGGCAUCCCAUAUUAUACGGGAAACAUGCAAAGGCAUUUGGCUUGCACUACAAAGCACAUACCUGAAAGCACCUUCAACUGUUGAGGAUUGGUUAAAUAUUGCCAAUGAUUUUGAGAAGGAGUGGAACUUUCCUCAUUGUUUGGGGGCAAUUGACGGUAAACAUAUUGCAAUGGAAUGCCCACCAAAUUGUGGGUCGACUUUUUUUAACUACAAAAAGUUUCACAGUAUGGUAUUGCUGGCAGUAUGUGAUGCAAAUUAUUGCUUUACAAUGGUAGACAUAGGAGCACCUGGAGGAAGUAAUGAUGCAGCUGCAUUAGCUGAUUCUGUAUUUGGUCGUGCAUUUGAAAACACCCCAUUAUCACUAAAUGUACCAAAACCAAGCCCUGUUGGCAACACAGAGCUUCCAUAUGUACUUGUUGGAGAUGACAUCUUCCCACUAAAACCAUGGCUAAUGAAGCCUUACCCAGGGCAAGGAUUACAAGAACCUGAAAGAAUUUAUAACUACAGGCUUUCUAGAGCAAGACGUGUAAUAGAAAAUGCCUUUGGUAUUUUGGCAUCUAAGUGGAGACUAUUACGAAGGCCUAUUAAGUCAGGAAUUGAACAAAUCGAAGGAAUUAUAACUGCAGUCAUAUGUUUGCACAAUUACUUGAAAUUAACUGACAAUGCAAAUUACACACGAACAGGAUUUGUUGACAGUGUAGACAACUCCGGGAGUAUUAUACCUGGGGACUGGCGAAAUUUGGUUGAUAACGACUUAGGUUUGACAAACAUUGGUAGAGUAGGUGGCAACAGAUAUACCUUUGAAGCAGGUGUAUCAAGAGACAAGUUCAAAAACUAUUUUAACAGUGACCAGGGACAAGUCCCUUGGCAACUUGGUCAUGUGCAAAGUUGUGGUGUAAUUCAUGAAUGA